AAUAGAGUGCAUCUCUCCCACCUUCAGUUCUCCCCUGAAAAAAGCAAAAACAGAGUAGCGUGAGAGAGAAAAGGGCGACCUGAAUUUCUGGAACACAAUAAAUGGAAAAAAUGGGAAGAAUAUUGAACAUAGCAUUUCUUGCAGCUAUUGCUAUGGCGACAAUGUUGCAGAGCUCGUCGGCACAGACGGCUUACGUUGUCGGCGAUGCUUUAGGUUGGGCCAUUCCCCCAGGUCCUGCUGUUUACACCACAUGGGCUGCAAACAAGACUUUCAGAGUUGGAGACACUCUUGUUUUUAAUUUUACUAAUGGAGCACACGACGUGGCUAGAGUCACAAAGGCGAAUUAUGAUGCUUGCAACAGUAGUAGUUCCCUUUUUUUACUUUCAAACAGUCCUGCAAAUGUUACACUCAAUCAAACUGGGGAUCACUAUUUCCUCUGCGCCUUUCCCGGCCACUGCAGUGGUGGACAAAAGUUGGCAAUAAACGUUAGUGCUGCAGCUUCGUCUCCUGCUCCUCAGCCUUCAACCCCUGCUCCUCAACCUUCUUCUCCUGCUCCUCGACCCUCUACUCCUCCACCAGCUUCUACUCCUCAGCCUUCUGCCCCUGCUCCAGCCCCCCAAACUGGCUCUCCUUCACCAAUCUCUGCACCAACCCCAGCUCCAUCUAGGUCACCAGUGACCCCACCAUCCUCUUCCUCACCCUCACCCUCAACCUCACCCCCACCUCCGUCAACCGCAACACCACCUCCGUCAACCGCAACUCCCCCACCUCCCAUCGCCUCUUCAUCCCCAUCUCCCACCGGAGAUAAUGGUGGUGCCACCCCACCAACCCCAGGCAACGGAGCAUCAUCUUUAGGUGUUGCUGGUCUCUCCGUUACUUUCCUGUCCUUUAUUGUAGCCUUCUUCGUGUAACUAAAACAUAGUUCUAAACUAGAAUUAGUGUGAGAGAGAGGGCAUUCAUUUUUCUGCGAUGUCUUAUUUGCCAUACAGUUUGAGAUUUUGAUUGUAAUAAGGAGAUGACAGAAGAGUUUUAAAUAUUUUGCCAAGAAUUCGUGAGGGUCUUGAAUUAUACUAUUUGUGAUUGAAAUUAUUAAUGCGAUUAUAAAAUUUUCAACCUC